GUAGUAAUUGGCUAUGGUCAACUCCAAUUCAGACCCUGAGCGUGCCCAGGGGCCUGUUACAACUUCCCUCUACCAUGGAGGACCUUCCACUAUGUCGGUGGACAAGCUGACGAGACGGAUGGGCACUUCAAUGGAUAUUCCUGAAAAGAACCCCGCGAUGAGCCACAGUGACGAGUCACUCGAUGCUGGAUCCAACAUACUUGCCAAAGACGGCACACACCGAUUUCUCAAAUCACGGCAUAUCCAGUUGAUUGGUAUCGGAGGCACCAUUGGUACAGCGCUUUACGUCCAGAUUGGCCAAAGUCUGCUCAACGGUGGUCCCGCCAGUUUAUUUCUGGCAUUCACAAUAUGAACCUUCAAUAUUGGUCUGGCUGAGAUGGUCGUAUACCUUCCCGUCUCCUCUCCUUUCAUCCAUUUUGCUGGCCGCUAUGUCGACGAAGCCUUUGGGGUAGCAGCCGGCUGGAAUUUCUUCGUCUUCGAAGCUGUGCAGGUGCCAUUCGAGAUCACUGCAUGUAGUAUGAUCAUCCACUACUGGAGUGAUGUGGUCCCAACAGUUGCAAUCAUAGUCAUUGUGCUUGUGCUCUAUGCAUUCCUGAAUGUCUUCGCCGUAAAUUACUACGGUGAAGCUGAGUUCUGGCUUUCUCUGGGAAAAGUCUUACUCAGUAUAGGUCUGAUCAUUUUCACAUUUAUUGCGAUGUUGGGUGGCAAUCCCCAAAGGGACCGAUUUGGGUUUCGCUAUUGGCAAGAGCCUGGUUCCUUUGCAGAGUAUUACAAAACAGGAGACCUUGGGCGAUGGUUAGGAUUUCUCGCUUGCUUGAUCAAGGCGAGUUUCACCAUUGCGGGUCCCGACUAUGUGUCAAUGGCCGCUGGAGAAACGGAGAAUCCACGAAAGGUCCUGCCGAAAGCAUACAAUGGAGUCUUCUAUCGACUCACAUCAUUCUUCGUUCUAGGAGCACUCUGCGUGGGUAUUUUGGUCCCUUAUAAUGACCCGACCAUGGCCAAUGCAUUCGAAAAGGACCUACCGGGCGCGGCUGCAUCACCAUAUGUCAUUGCGAUGGACAGACUGGGUAUUCCGGUUCUCCCACAUAUUGUCAAUGCCAUGGUCCUUGGAGCUGCCUUCAGUGCAGGAAACAGCUAUGUCUAUUGCGCCAGCAGAUGCCUGUAUGGACUUGCGCUGGACAACAAAGCGCCGAGAAUUUUCAGGAAAUGCACGAAGAAUGGAGUUCCCAUCUACUGUGUGGGACUUGUCCUGCUGAUUGCGCUGCUUGCCUUCCUGCAAGUCUCCAACAGCGCAUCAGUCGUGCUUAAUUGGUUUAUCAACCUGGUUACUGCAUCGCAAUUGAUUAAUUUCUCGGUCGUUACCUUCUCCUAUACUCGCUUCAGAAAGGCGCUUAUCGCGCAAAACAUUCCCCGCAGUUCUCUCCCGUAUCAGAGUCUGGGUCAGCCUUACAUUGCCUAUAUAGCCAUGGUCUGUACGAUAGUCAUGGCGUUUGUAGGGGGGUACGAAGUCUUUCUACCUGGAAAAUGGGAUAUUCCCACUUUUUUCUUCUCAUACACAAUGAUUGGAGUAUUCCCAAUAAUUUUCUUUGGGUGGAAGUUUUGGCAUAAAUCCCAUAUUCGAAAGCCUGAAGAAAUUGAUCUGAAGACCGGACUCGAUGAAAUUGACGAGUAUGAAAGAAACCAUGUGUCGUUGCCUUCGAGCAAUAUAUUCUCGAGGUUUGCCGAUUGGAUUUUCGGCUAA